AUGGCCAGUAACUACGGCUUCUACGAGUCUCGUGGCGAAUAUGGUCGAGAUAACCAUAUCCACAGAUACGGAAACCCUGGAAAUCCACCGGAUGAUCAGGAAAGAAACAGAAACGGAGGGCAUCCAUAUUCUGGGCCACCGCCGGUUAACUCCUCCUCCGACAACUAUCCUUUUUUUUUAGCAGGUGAUGGAAUUGCCCGUGAAGUAAUACAGACGGAUAUCCCUCGAUACCUUGGGAAUAAUGCAGUAUGCAAGCCAGGAAAUAGACAAGGACAAUCUGGGUUCUUGUAUAAGGGCUAUCGGCCAUUGACUGAUGCUCAAAUCCAGUCUUUAAAAGAAGACUCUGUAAAGUACACGAAAGAAAAGCAACAGCAUUCUCUUAGAUAUGGACGCGACGGUCCCGAUUACUUGGAUUCGUUGACGUUUAACCAUAGCCACCAAAACAACCCAGAUGGCUAUAAUCCACUUGGUACGACCUCUCUGAGACCUGCUGAAGGAUAUGUUCAUCCGAUCUCCAUACCAGCAUCUUUACAAGCGCUAGAGCCACAUAGGGAUCCACGUUAUCGCUAUUUGGCUGAUGGAAGACCAUGGUACGACAAUUUGGAAAGAAAAUAUGUUAAACCUUUCCGGGAUCCUGGUACCAUCUCUCCGGAACCUAUCCCUCCCGUGCACAUUCCACCGAUGGUCCCUCCACCAACGGCCCAAAGCAACUAUGGAAAUCCGAACCAUGGAGAAGCUGGCAAUAUUCUGCCGUCGGAGAAUUCGGGUCGCCCGCCCACACCGCGCGAUAGUUCCGGCGCACCUCUACCUGGUCGUUUCGUACGACAAAACGAUGGCAGAUGGUAUUACGAAUUCCACCAGGACAUACCAAGGACACCACACCGAUAA